UGUAGAAUCUUUAAUUUGUUUUUAACGCAGAGGCCUUGCAUUCUCAUCAUGGAUUCUUUACGUGGACCAAGUCGUACAAAUGUGGUUAAGAUCCUGCGAGAAUACCUUGAAGUAGAGUGGGAAAUGAGAAAAGGAAGCAAAAGAGCUUUCACCAAAGAUGUGAUAAAGGGCUCCAAUCCUCGUGUUCCUCAGCAAGACAACUUUAGUGAUUGUGGUAUUUAUAUCUUACAGUAUGUCGAAAGUUUUUUUGAGAAUCCAAUUCCAAGUUUUGAACUGCCUAUGAAUUUGAUGGAAUGGUUUCCUCAGCAACAAGUUAAACAGAAACGAGAAGAAAUCCGAAAUGUCAUUCUCAAACUCUGUGAGACACAAAGCAAAGGGAAGAAAGGACAGGAAUACAGAGCAACAGAGGCACCUUCAUGAGCAAUGCCUGGCCAAGACAGACUCUGACAGAAGAUGCCAUUUUCAAUUACUGGAUGUUGUUGCACUAACACAGAAAUGACUUGGAUUUGUUCAAGUGUUGGCUUCCACAGAAGGAUGAAUUUUUUGUGUGCGUUUGAUCUUAUAGAACAUUUUGAUGCACACAUCUUCAUUUUACAGGCACCCAAAUGAAUGUUAAUGUGCUGUUAUAAAUAUGACAAACUGUAUAUAUGUUCAUAAACUGAAUUUACUGCAUUUGUGAUCAAUUUCACUGUUUGGGUUAGUAAGCAUUUUCGUAUGUACUUUUGUUAAAGGUAGUUGGAUAGCUACUUAUAAGUAUGAUUAAAAGUUAUUGUAGUAUUAAACGGACUGGGCAAAUCUAUUUUUUUGGCCGAGUUUCUCUUUACAUUUUCUCCACCUGCCCUACUCACAUGAAUGAAUUCACUCCUUGCUUGAAUAUGGUUCUAAGGUGUUCUUCAGUACAUAGUCAAAGUUGCCUUUGAGCGUGGCCCUUAACACUAUAUUGGCAGCCUUACUCUUCUGUGGAGCCUCCAGUCCUGUUCUUGGCAGAUGUCCGUCCAUGCAUACUUCCAACAUAGGUUACUGAGGAACAAGGAUCUGAGCUUAUUACUCAUCUUUAACCCUAGGAUAAUAAGGCUAAUUUGUAGCCUAGCUUGAGAUCAGCUAGUUUGAAUACUGGAUAAAUAAUUUUGCUGAACUGCAGGCACAAUGAAUAAAUUUGAGCCAGUUUUUAAAUGGGAAUGCAUGUUGUAUAUCAGCAGCCGUCUGUGAGAGCACUAAACAUGGUUGCACGUUGUGUUCUUCCAAUUGCUGAACUGUAUCCAACCAGGAAAUUCUUGGGUUUUAGAAUCGAGGCUCCAGUGUAAAUGAAGCCUACUUAAAUAGGUACUUGAUUGUAUUCCACCUGGAACCAGGUGUUUUCCAGAAAGGCUGGGGGAAGAGAAAUUUGAUACGAGGGAUAAGAUACAUAUAUAAAGCAAGCAAGUGCCUUCAAAAAAUUGUCUUGGGUAACUGGUAUACAUUUAUAUGUCCCGGCAUGUACUGAUUAUUAAUUUGCAAUCAAGUCAGAUUAUACUUUGUUUUACCCGAUUUAAGAGUUGGGUGAUGAAAGACUGGUGAACUCCAAAGUAAAAUGCUCCAUGGAAUUGAUUUGUAAUCAAACCAUAUCCACUAAGACUAUCACUGAAAUUGAGUCUGGAUGUCUUCAAAACCAUUACUCUUUUCCCCUUACCUCAAACUGUCUACUGUCAGUUUUUGCUGUUCAGUUGUAUUAAAACUGUAUUCAGGUUUAUUUAAUCUAAAUCACAUUUGGAACUUGACUGAAAAUGUUGCGGAUUUAUUCCUCCUCUGCAACAAUACCUCAGCAUAUUUAUGUACAUCUGUAUAUCUGUAAUUGCCAUAAAAAUAAUUUUGUGCUGAUUUUCUGUAACUCUGGUUUUAAACUGUAAUCUGUGUACUAAUUUAUGGGGCAUGCCUAUGCUUUGAUUGUAUGUAUUUCAUUUUUCUGCUGCUACAACCAGAGAUGCCUCUCAAAUACACUAUUGAAGCUGCAAGUGUGAUACUAGAGUGAGGGAAUGGUUUAAGCAUUGAGCUAUUUGCACCAUGAUAGCAAUCCUGUUAGAUGCUACUUCACAUGUUUUGAUGUUAGCAAUCCUUUAGUUUGAUCUUAUGAAUUUCCUUUUGCGAUUCCUCCCUUUUUUUUCUAAAAAAAAAAGUUGAAACAAAAUUGAAAAAUCAUUUCUGAAAAGGUAAUCCAAUGAAUGCUAUACGCAAGUUGUGUUACAUCAUGGUUGGCCUCAGUUUGGAAAUGUUAGUCUGCUAAUUUUUGAUGUCUGCAGUCACAAAUUGUAAGGCAGGAGAAACAGUAAGUUGAAGUUGUCCUUAUUUCUACCCAUCAACAUCUGUUUGAAGUGAGUGUUGAGUCAAGUCCUGUAUCAUGCCCCCAUCAUUUAAUAGUCUCGUGACAGUCAUGGUCCAGACUCUAAAGAAUGGAUGCUUUGGGUAGCUAAUUAGAGAGUUCAAACCAACUAUUCCUGUUUGUUAUAGUAUAAUUCACCAUCUAUGGGAGAGGAGGGAGGAAAUUGGAGGACUCUAUACCUUGUUAGAUUAAUCACUUAGGGCAAGCUGCAACAUAAUUACAUAAUGCUGCAGUGAUAUUUACAUGUUUUCCCUUCAGUAAAAUUAGUCAACCAACUACAUGGGAACAAAUAAUAUUUUUCCUAUUGUGGAUUAAAAUGUUUGUUAAUAGUCCAGUGAGUGGCUUCUCUUUGUUCCAAUAAGCUAACGUUUCUGUCUAUGCUUUUGGUUUUGUACUGCCUGCUAACUUUCCUCUUCCAUUGCACAUCUUUGAGAAAUGCCAGUUUCUUCUUCUGUUGUAAAAUGAUUACUCUCACAUUAUUCUGGCAGUUAGGAUUGGCAAUGGUUUACCCAAUCAGGGAUAGAAUUUGAAAUUGUGCCAUAGGUACAGCAGGUAUAUAAUUAUUGAAACAUCUUUGAAAUUCUCACCAUUAUCAGGUUUUAAGGAUGGAACACCAAUGGUUGCAUUUGGGCCAAAUAUUCUCUUUGGUUCUAGCUUACUUGCUGGUUUUCCUUAAUUCUGGUAGCAUUUGCCCUUUUACCCAAUUGACAAACUUAUGUAGGUGCAUAACUAUAAGCCUCAGGAACUAUAGAGCCAGAGCUGAAAAGUUGACUCUGCUGGUGAACUUUUGGAUUGGAUCAAUGUCAAGCAGUGCGUAUCUAGUUGGCCAUCAAUGCACGGUGUUCCAGGUAAUAACAAUGUGUAGAUUGUUUUCUAAACCUGCAUAAUUAAACAAUGACUUUUGGUAUCAGAAA